CUUUCUCGCCGGCAGACUUCGCGCAUGAAACCGCGCCAGGGCACGGUGGACCGUGGCUGAAUGUCUCUUCGCGUGGCCCCGCUUGGCUAGCCAGGACUGGUGCUGGCCGAUCAUCAGAACAUGGGUCGGAUUGGGUCACCCUAACGGCGAGACCAUCAGUGGACACGCCUCGUCGCCGCCUAACAAAUCCUUAUCAUGGUGCGGGAUGCAGCAACCAUGCUCAUACCACCUGAACUUAAAAGUUCGUCUUGUCCUUCACUCUGAGGUUUGUGAAGCGGUGCAGAUCGCCUAUCGGCUCUCUUGAUACUCUUUGGACAGUCCCUUUCUUGAGGACUUUCUCGACUCUCUCGACACUUUCUCGAUCUUGCACAGAGUUUUUCCAACAUGGUCGGCUUCGUUGACAAGGCUAACCGCGCCAUUGCGCGCUCCUUCGUGGGCAGAUACUUCCGUCUUGACGGCUCCGGUCACCCCAAGGAACGCAAGGAUGCCCGCUUCUUCACUGAGUUCCGCGCUGGUCUCGCUACCUUCUUCGCCAUGGCCUACAUUAUCUCGGUCAACUCUACCAUCUUGGCUGAUACUGGCGGUACCUGCGUCUGCCCGGCUGACAGCAUGUCUGACCUGUGUGCCACCAACGAAGAGUACCUCCUUUGCGUAGCAGUCGUCAAGCGUGAUCUUGUCACUGCCACCGCUGCCAUCUCCGCCUUGACUUCCUUCUGCAUGGGUCUCUUUGCCAAUAUGCCCAUCGCCCUUGCUCCUGGAAUGGGUCUGAACGCCUACUUUGCCUACACAGUCGUUGGUUUCCACGGUUCCGGUAUGGUCCCAUACCAGGUUGCAUUGACUGCUGUAUUCGUCGAAGGCUUCGUCUUCGUGGGCCUCACCAUUCUUGGAAUCCGACAAUGGCUUGCAAGAGCUAUCCCAGCUAGUAUCAAGCUCGCGACAGGUGUCGGAAUCGGACUAUACCUCACAAUCAUUGGACUUGCGUACUCCGCGGGUAUCGGUCUUAUCACUGGUGCCGUAUCGACUCCCCUCGAGCUUGCAGGAUGCGAGGAUCAGUUCAAGGACGAGACCGGCGUUUGCCCUGGAGGUCACAAGAUGCGCAACCCGACAAUGUGGAUCGGCAUCUUCUGUGGUGGUGUUCUGACCGUCAUGCUCAUGAUGUACCGUGUGAAGGGUGCCAUCAUCUUCGGUAUCUUGCUCGUUUCGAUCAUCUCCUGGCCCCGCCCUACUGAGGUUACCUACUUCCCGCACACCACGCUCGGCGACGACUCAUUCGACUUCUUCAAGAAGGUUGUCACCUUCCACCCGAUCCAGAAGACCCUCGUUGUCCAGGAAUGGAACAUCUCGCAGUACGCCGGCCAAUUUGGUCUCGCUUUCAUCACCUUCCUCUACGUGGACAUCCUCGACUGCACAGGUACCAUGUACUCCAUGGCCCGCUACUGCGGAGCUAUUGAUGAGCGCACCCAGGAUUUCGAGAACUCUUCGAUCGCCUACACUAUCGAUGCUAUGGGUGUAACCAUCGGAUCCCUAUUCGGAUGCUCCCCAGUCACUGCCUACAUCGAGUCUGGUGCUGGUAUCUCGGAAGGUGGUAAGACAGGUCUUACAGCGAUGUUCACUGGUCUCUCUUUCUUCAUCGCCAUCUUUUUUGCGCCUAUUUUCGCCUCGAUCCCUCCAUGGGCCACUGGAUGUACGCUUGUCAUUGUCGGUUCCCUCAUGGCACAGUCUGCCAAGGACAUCAACUGGAAGUACAUGGGUGACGCAAUCCCCGCGUUCCUCACCAUUGCCAUCAUGCCCUUCACCUACUCGAUUGCCUACGGUCUCAUUGCCGGUAUCUGCUCGUACAUCCUCAUCAACACCCUCGUCUACAUCAUCGAGAAGGCAUCAGGUGGCCGCGUCAUUCCUCCCAACAAGGACGAGAAGGAGCCCUGGACAUGGCGGAUUCCUGGUGGGUUCCUACCUCCGUGGGUGCAGCGUAUUACCAGCGGAAAGAAGGACUUCUGGAAGCGCGAUCCCCAGACUGACGGUGUUGCUGCCAGCCAGGCGAGCGAGAACAGCUCCACGCACAACUCAGCCGAGAAGCACUACAUCCAAGAUAAGCAGGCCGCUGGCGAGAAGAUCAUGUAAGCGGUUCGUUUUGUGAAUAGAUUGGUCGGGUUGGCAAAAGUUAGAAGCGUUGCAUACAGUCGCUACGGCGCUGCGUAUUGUUGUAUUGAUAGCAUUGCAUUUGGUAAUGCGUGUGAGCCAAAGUAGAUACCCUCACUUUGAUUUGACUUAACAAAAGAU